CAAAAGGCCCCGGCUAGGUCAGAGCUACAGACCAGGCUUGGCCUCUGCCUGCAGCGGUCCCCACUCCUCCAGCCUCACCCAGCACCAUGAGCGGCCGAGUCGGAGACCUGAGCCCCAAGCAGGCAGAGACCCUGGCCAAGUUCCGAGAAAACAUCCAGGACGUGUUGCCUGCCCUGCCCAACCCUGAUGACUACUUCCUUCUGCGCUGGCUCCGAGCUCGGAAUUUCGACCUGCAGAAAUCGGAGGCUAUGCUCCGCAAGUACAUGGAGUUCCGGAAGAACAUGGACAUUGACCACAUCCUUGAUUGGCAGCCCCCGGAGGUGAUCCAGAAGUACAUGCCUGGCGGCCUGUGUGGCUAUGACCGUGACGGCUGCCCCGUGUGGUACGACAUCAUAGGGCCACUUGACCCCAAGGGCCUGCUCUUCUCGGUCACCAAGCAGGACCUGCUCAAGACCAAGAUGAGGGACUGCGAGCGCAUCCUGCACGAGUGUGACCUGCAGACAGAGCGGCUGGGGAGGAAGAUUGAGACCAUCGUGAUGAUAUUUGACUGCGAGGGCCUGGGACUGAAGCACUUCUGGAAACCUGUGGUGGAAGUAUACCAGGAGUUCUUUGGCCUCCUUGAAGAGAAUUAUCCAGAGACCCUGAAGUUCAUGCUCAUUGUGAAAGCCACCAAACUGUUCCCUGUGGGCUACAACCUCAUGAAGCCCUUCCUGAGUGAGGACACUCGCAGAAAAAUUGUAGUCUUGGGAAACAACUGGAAGGAAGGUUUGCUGAAACUCAUCAGUCCUGAGGAACUGCCUGCCCAGUUUGGGGGAACCUUGACCGACCCAGACGGGAACCCCAAAUGUUUAACUAAGAUCAACUAUGGUGGGGAGAUCCCCAAGUCCAUGUACGUGCGGGACCAGGUGAAGACUCAGUAUGAGCACUCUGUGCAGAUCAGCCGCGGCUCCUCACACCAGGUGGAGUACGAGAUCCUGUUCCCAGGCUGUGUCCUCAGGUGGCAGUUCUCAUCUGACGGUGCUGACAUCGGCUUCGGAGUUUUCCUGAAGACCAAGAUGGGGGAGCGGCAGCGGGCGGGGGAGAUGACAGAGGUGCUGCCCAGCCAGCGCUACAACGCCCACAUGGUGCCCGAGGAUGGGAGCCUCACCUGCGCGGAAGCUGGCAUCUAUGUCCUGCGCUUUGACAACACCUACAGCUUUGUCCACGCCAAGAAGGUCAGCUUCACAGUGGAGGUGCUGCUCCCGGACGAGGGCAUGCAGAAAUAUGACAAGGAGCUCACCCCAGUCUAGGCAGCAACCCUACUUCUCAGAGACCCCUGGCCCUCUGCUUUCUCUAUAUAUAUCCUACCUUCCCUCCCAACCCUGCCCCCCAAGAAAUUGAUCAUUAGUCCUCUUGACUCUGACAUUAGUGAGUAAAGAAAGAGCUGCCUCGGGGAAGACUCAUACGCUGUGGUCAGAUCAGGAAAGGUAUGAGAGGCACAACCUUGGAGGAUGCCCAGGUUGCACAAGAGGAAGAAGCAAGGGUAAAAGCUAGAGGUGGGUGUUACUGAAACCCAAGAAAUAGGAAAAUGCAUCCCCUAGCCUUUGGCCUCACUGCUCCUAAGGCAUUUGUGUGUGCUUUAGCUCCUUCCCUAUCAGGUAUGAGCCACUUGCGUUGGAGAGGCAUCUAAAGUUUUUACUUCUACCCCUCAUAUAGUAGAGAUGCUCAGUGUACACUUGAGAAGUUGAAUGGAGGUAGGAAGCAGGUGAGUGAUGGGUGUGCAUGACAAGGAGGAGUCUACCCGGGGCAGAUUUCAACACCUUGGACAGGGACAGGGCCGUGGAGGGGAUAGAUUCUCCUGGAGACCCAGAUGAUCCAGCUCCCAGAUUUCUGGCAGUGGCUGCCCCCUAGGGAGGUAGGAGACGCCUACAUAAGGCUUUGUCUGACUUGGAGCCCACAGCUUCCCUAACCCAUCCCUCCUACCCUCAACCCCUUCCCUCGGAACCCACAGCUUAUGUUUCAAGCAAUUAAAGGAACUUUCCUGGAGGCAAACGAAGUCACAUCUGGCUCUCGCUGCUGCCCGGCAAUAAUAAUAAAACCCCACAGCAGUCA